GCACCAUCCGUAUGAAAUAAUUUUUCUACUUUCAACAAUCCACUAAUCUCAUCACUCGAUCCCAAGAACCAGAAGCAGGAGAUGGAGGAGCUUCUCAGCAUGGGCUUCUCAGAGGAUCUCGCUUCUCAAGCCCUCGCCGCCACCACCACUCCCACAAACUCUCCCGUCGAAGCCGCCGCUGACUGGAUCCUCACUCACACCUCUCAAUCCUCUCACUCCCCUCCAAUGCCGUCCUCCCAAUCCAGCCUCCGCCGCUUCAUUCUCUCCAAACCAUCCCCUCCCGACAAACCCUACCCCUCCAAGCGCCUCAAACCAUCUCCUUCCUCUCUCUCCCCUCUCUCCGAACGCAUGCGACCUUCCGCCAUCGAUCUCAUACUCGGCCAAGACCACCUUCUUUCCCCCACUUCCCUCCUCCGCUGCAUCACCGGCGGCCCUCUCCCCUCUCUGCUCUUCUGGGGUCCUCCUGGAUCUGGUAAAACCUCCCUCGCUCGCGCUCUCGCCGCUUCUCUCUCCUCCCACCGCUUUCUCCCCCUCUCCGCCGUCACUGCCACUGUCGUCGACCUCCGCC